GUCUCUUCGGUUUACGGCGAUAGGUUAUAUAGGUACCUACUUAAUAUAGGUAUGAGAUAGUGUGUUUUAUCGUCACCAAUCACCGACGUGUCACGUUAGUUUCACUGGCGCAGUGAGGGUGAUACGACGGAUAUAUAAUUUGUGAAUAGCUGCUUAUUUAGAACCAUCAACAUGUCGAAAAUAAAGGCUGGACCCGUAGUCGACAUCCUCGGUGAUGAAAUGACCAGGAUCAUCUGGGAUCUGAUUAAAGAUAAGCUUAUUUUACCUUUCUUGGACAUUGAAUUGCAUACAUUUGAUUUGGGCAUGGAGUAUCGUGAUCAAACAGAUGAUCAAGUAACAAUCGACUGUGCCAAUGCCAUCAAGAAAUACAACGUGGGCAUUAAAUGCGCUACUAUUACACCUGACGAAAAGAGAGUAGAAGAAUUCAAAUUGAAAAAGAUGUGGAAAAGUCCCAAUGGAACCAUCCGUAACAUCCUCGGCGGCACUGUCUUCAGAGAAGCCAUUAUUUGUAAGAAUAUCCCUCGCCUUGUCACUGGCUGGGAGAAACCCAUCAUCAUUGGGCGUCACGCUCAUGCUGAUCAGUACAAGGCUACCGACUUUGUCGUACCUGGUGAAGGAAAACUUGAACUGAUUUGGACCCCACCCUCUGGACAACCAAUAAGACAUGUCGUCAAUGAUUUUAAGGGUGCCGGUGUAGCUCUCGGCAUGUUCAAUACUGAUGCCUCUAUUGUAGACUUUGCCCACUCGUCAUUUAAGUUCGCCCUUGACAGAAAAUAUCCUCUGUACCUGAGUACAAAAAAUACUAUUUUGAAGAAAUAUGAUGGCCGCUUCAAAGAUAUCUUCCAAGAAAUUUACGAGAAGGAAUACAAAAAGCAAUUCGAGGCUGCAGGUAUUUGGUAUGAGCAUAGACUUAUCGAUGAUAUGGUUGCUUAUGCUAUGAAAUCGGAAGGUGGAUUUGUAUGGGCUUGUAAGAACUACGACGGCGAUGUGCAGUCAGACUCGGUCGCUCAAGGCUAUGGUUCUUUGGGUCUGAUGACAUCUGUCUUGAUUUGCCCUGACGGCAAGACAGUUGAGGCAGAAGCCGCUCACGGUACGGUAACCAGGCACUUCCGAUUCUACCAGCAAGGCAAGGAAACAUCCACCAACCCCAUCGCUUCUAUUUUCGCCUGGACCAGAGGGCUUCUCCACCGCGCCAAAUUGGAUAAUAAUCAAGAGCUCAAGAAAUUCGCUGAAACGCUCGAAAAAGUGUGUGUUGACACUAUUGAAUCUGGAGUUAUGACUAAAGAUUUAGCUAUUUGCAUCAAAGGCAUGAAUAAUGUAAAGCGAUCAGAUUAUUACGAAACCUUCGAGUUUAUGGAUAAAUUGGCUGAAAACUUGAAGAAAAGCUUGGGCAAAUGACUCCACGCGAUGCAGCUGAAAAGUAAUCUUUGAAUGCAUAAAUUAUUUUAAUGGUCACAAGGAAUUAAGGGUAUUUUGUUAUCGCAUUUAUUUAUUUCGAGUAUUUCUAUUGUAUUCAGUGAAUAAAAUCUUUACAUUUCUGUAAAA